CAAGUAUUGUUACACGGCUUAAUCCGUGAUAGCCAAGGAAGAAAAAUGUCUAAAUCGCUCGGUAACGGCGUGGAACCAGAAGAAAUUAUCACCAAAUACGGCGAAAACACCAAAAACACGCUGCUUUUUGUUUAUCAACAAUUACUUUUAUUACUUCAUCCUGCUAUUCCCUUUCUUACCGAAUACAUUUAUCAAAAAAUCACCCAAGAAAAAUUAUUACUAGCCGAAAUCGAGAUGCGUGAGCAAAAAAUUUUCUAUUUUGAAUUAAUGCCAGAAUGGCAAACUAAAUAUUGCUCCCGACUGGAUUUUAACCAGUUUCUUUUUCCCUUAACCAAAAGCCGAAUUCAAUUAGUUAGUCCCACGGAAAAAAUUGCGGCUUGCUCGCUCCUUGACAUAAAUCCUUUUGGAGUGUUAAAAACUGUGGAAAAAUUAAAUGUUCCUAAAAAUCGCACCGAAGACAGAAAAAAAAUCGUAUUUUACCAAACCGAGCAGCAAAGAAGCCAAAAAUUACUGGCUAAUAAAAACUUUGUUGAAAGGGCUCCGGCUUGUUGUGACGAAACUAGUAUUGCCGUUUUACAAAACAAGAAAGUUCGUAGUAAUAUUACUGUUUCUCAAAUAUUAGAACAAGAAAAAUACGGCGGGGUGAUGCCCAGUUUAGCAGCGAAAUUACAUUUAGCCAAUAUCCAAGAAGUUUUGAAGCAAGCCUUAGCAACGGCCCAAAUUACUCCGGAAAAUAUUGAUUAUAUUGCCUAUACGGAGAAACCGGGCUUGAUUAUUUGCCUCCAAGUUGGCAAAAUAGUAGCCGAAACCUUAGCUUUUUAUUUAAAUAAGCCAUUAAUUAAGUGUAAUCACCUGGAAGCCCACGUUUAUGCGAGCCUGCUGGAAGAAAAAACCGAGUGGGAAUUUCCCAACUUGGCUCUGAUUAUUAGUGGGGGACACACGCAACUUUACCAAUUAAAUAGGCAUGAUAAUUUUUCUUUGCUGGGAGAAACUGGUGAUGACGCAAUUGGCGAGUGCUUAGACAAAUCAGCAAUUUUAUUAGGAUAUUCUUAUCCCGGAGGACCAAUUAUCGAACAAUUGGCCUUAACCGGCAAAGACACUUAUCAAUUGCCUUUACCCAAAGACGAUAACAGUUUAGAUUUUAGUUUUAGUGGUCUGAAAAGUGCGGUGCGGCGGCUAAUUGAAAGAGAAGGGGAAAAAUUAAAUGUUCCCAACUUGGCUUGCUCUUUACAAUAUACGCUAGCAAAAAUGCUAGUUAAUAAAGUAGCAAAAGCCUUGGAGCAGAAAAAGUUCGCUAGUGUAGUUUGCGGCGGGGGAGUGGUGGCCAACCAAUUUAUCGUUGGUUACUUGGCCAGUUUCCUCCGCCAAAAGUAUCCGUCAGUUAGAUUUUUGGUUCCCCCCAAAAAAUACUGCACGGAUAACGCGGCUAUGGUGGGAAUUUUGGCUUACUACAAAAUUAAUCAUGAGGGUGAUAAACAAUAA